AGACUAGUAAACCGGAUUCAAUUCAAUUUCAGCAUAUGGGGUGGGCCUCAAGCGUUGUAAAUGGUUUGAGCAACAUUCACUUGCAAAGGAAACGAACAGAGGAUGAAACCCGCUCGGCAAUGCUUGAUCUUGAUUUUCUUGAUUGCCCUAUUUGCGUCGAGCCAUUCACUAUUCCUAUCUUCCAGUGUGAUAAUGGACAUUUAGCUUGCGCUUCUUGCUGUCCCAAAUUGAGUAAUAAGUGCCCUGCUUGUACUUUGCCUGUCGGUCACAAUCGCUGCAGAGCAAUGGAGAGUAUUCUUGAAUCAAUCUCUGUCCCAUGCGAAAACGCCAAGUUUGGCUGCACCAAGAAAGUCUCUUAUGGGAAACAGUCAACUCAUGAGAAGGAAUGUACUUUCUCUCCUUGCUUUUGCCCCAUACAGAACUGCAAUUAUAGUGGCUUGUACAAGGAUGUAUACUAUCACUUUGCUAUUCAUCGCGACAUAGGAAGAGUUGAUUGUUGGUUUGUUCUUGGAGAAUUUGUUGAAUUAGACUUUGACUUCAAGGAGAGGGCAAUAAUGGGUAUGAACGCAUAUAAGGAAGACCUAUUGUUUACUGUGCAAUGUCUUAGUGACCCAAAUGGUAUUACUUAUGUGACUGUGAGCUGUAUUGCUCCUUCUUUGCCGGAAGUUGGUGCAUUCUCCUGUCAUAUAUCAACUACUUUUCAUGAACGUGCUAUCGUGUAUAAUUCGAUGAAGGUGAAGAACAUUCGAAAACUGAGUUUUCAAAUCCCUCAAGAGGACUUCAUGUUGGUUCCUUCCUAUUUCUUGUGUGGACGGCAAUCGUUCAAAUUGAAGAUUUGUGUCAACAAGUUGAGCCAAGAGCCAAAUUGACAUUUACUUCGGUUUUGUUAAAAUAUAUAAAGAUAUCUCAAUACUGAUGCAGCACAUCUUAUGUUGGGCGUUAGGUUUUCUCGAACACGUUUGGUUUUGGAAUUUAUGUGUUCGACAAGCAAGGGUUUUGUUUUAAUUUGUCGUUAGUUUUCUUUGCUUUUUGAGGAGAUUUCUCUACCUUUUCUGGUUAGGUUUCGAAGUCAAUUAUGAG